AUGAGAAAGGAAACCAGACAGGUCAGAGAGGAGCACUCCAGUGCUACAUCUCAGAGACCUGAGUCAGGAGUCGAACCAACAGAUUCAUUUGGUGGCACUUCGAGUGACUCGGAGCAAGAAGAAAUCCCCAUGGCUAAUGCACGAACAUUAAGGGAGUUGACUGCCCCUAAUUUAAAUCAGCAGCCUUUGUGUGAGGAGCCGUAUAAGCAUCUGCAGGAGUUUGACGUCGUGUGCAACAGUAUGAAGCCCCCGGGCAUUACAGAAGAGCAGAUAAAAAUGAGGACAUUUCCCUUCUCCUUGAAAGAUUCUGCGAAGGACUGGCUGGCUGCAAGUCUGAGGAAAGAAAUUUGUGGGAUCAAGCAGCAUCUAGGGGAGUCACUCUAUGAGUAUUGGGAACGGUACAAGAACUUGUUGCACAGGUGCCCCCAACACCAAAUAAGUGAGCAGUUGAUCAUACAGUAUUUUUAUGAGGGGCUCCUUUUCGGGGACAGGAGCAUAAUUGAUGCUGCAAGUGGAGGGGCACUGGUGAACAAAACCCCUCAAGAAGCACGGGAGUUGAUAGAGAGGAUGGCAGAGAAUUCACAACAAUUCGGUACGAGAGAGGAUGUUCCAAUACGCAGGGUGAAUGAGGUAGAGACACCCUCCAUGCAGCAGCAGCUAACUGAGUUGACCGCGUUUGUUAGGCAACAGGCUGUGAGAAAUGCAUCACAAGCCAGGGUAUGCGGGAUUUGCACUGGUAUAGGUCACUCUGCAGAUAUGUGCCCAAUGAUUCAGGAAGAAACUGCAGAACAGGUGAACAUGGCUGACCACGCGCCCGCUCCAAGGAAGCAAUACGACCCUUACUCAAGCACCUACAACCCAGGGUGGAGAGAUCAUCCCAACCUCAGUUAUGGAGGGAAUAGGCAACCCAACUUUACACCGAACAGGCAGUCUAACUUUGUGCCAAAUAAGCCACCAGGGUACCAGCAGCAAUACCAACCCCGACCACCUCCGCCCCCAAGCUCUAGUUCAUCUUUGAAGGAGAUGAUGAAACAAAUGAUGACAACCAUGGCGCAAAAUCAACAAAUGAUGACAACCAUGGCGCAAAAUCAGCAAAGAACGGAGGCAACCAUUAUGCAAAAUCAGCAAAGGACGGACUCCGAGAUGCAGGACAUAAGGAAUCAGAUAAGUCAAAUGGCCACAACAAUCAACCGUUUGGACUCCCAGAACCAAGGUAAAUUGCCGUCUCAAUCCGAAUUAAACCCGAAGAAUGUGAGCGCCAUGACCUUGAGAAGUGGCAAGGAGGUCCAAGGACCUGACCCGGUGAUUCCUAAGGACAAGGACGAAGAUCGAAUUGAAAAAGAGCUGGAAGAGGAGGGCGGUGACAAUAAAAAUUCAAAGGUAAUCCCGGACCCACUCAUGCCAGUUAGAUCCAACCCACCGCCCUUCCCAAGCAGAUUGGAGAAACCAAGGAAGCAGGACAAGGAGAAAGAGGUCCUAGAGAUAUUUCACAAAGUGGAGAUCAAUAUUCCUCUUCUAGAUGCGAUUAAGCAGUAUUCCACACUAGACAUGGAUGAAUUGAGAAUACUAAUUGCAAAUUCUUUCUCAACCACCACCUGGUAA